UUACAUCUAGAAGUCACGCAAAUAACUGCUUGACGUAACCCAGACAGUAAAGGUGAAAAGCAUCAUGGGACACUAGUUACUUCUCAAGAUGGCGGCCCAACCAAGUUCAGGGAAUGCGCGAGCUAAUGUGAUGACUGGUGAUUUACCAGAGGAUUUUUUGCGGCUUUCGCCAGCAGUAAACCAAGCACCUCCUCCUGCAGGACAGAUGGUUCCAGUCCAGCCUGUUACUUAUUACCAACCAACAGGGUUCAUGCAGCCAAUUCAGCCUCAACACAUAGGAAGAUUAAGCAUUACAGUACAACAGGCUAAGUUGGCUAAGAAUUAUGGCAUUACCCGCAUGGAUCCUUACUGUCGAAUUACGGUGGGAAACCAUGUGUUUGAAAGUCCAACAGCUCAUAAUGGUUCAACAAACCCUCGUUGGAACAAGUUGAUGUCAAUUCCCAUGCAAGAGGGUGUUAAGAAUGUGUAUGUGGAAAUUUUUGAUGAGCGUGCAUUUUCUGUGGAUGAGCGGAUUGCCUGGGGUCUGGUUGCGAUUAAAGAUUCAGUGUUUUCAGGAGAAACCUUAGAGGAUUGGUAUUCCCUUAGUGGAAAGCAAGGAGAAGACAAGGAAGGAAUGAUCAAUUUGGUUUUUUCAUACAGGCAAGUAUCAGCUCCCCCACCACAAGCGAUGAUGUAUCCUAGCAUGCCAGUUACUAAUGUACCAGUCAUGAUGGUGCCUCAGCCAGUUGUGCCAGGUACUCAAGUCCUUUAUCCAGGAGGAUAUGGUCCUGGUCAGCCUGUUCCAACUGGUCCACAGCAACAUCAACAGCAACCACGUCAGCUUAAUCAGCAGGAUAUAACAGGCUUAAAAGAUAUGUUCCCCAGCAUGGAAGAGGGUGUUAUACGAUCUGUGCUAGAGGCAUGUAGGGGAGAUGUUAAUGCAGCAACAACUCAUUUGUUGGGAAUGACGUCAGACUCUUGAAUAAUGCAGCUACUCAAUGAACACACUAAUGAGCUGGAGUAUUAUUGAUAAGUCUGAAUUUCAGAUGAACUCUGAAUAGCAUAAUAUUGGCAAUUAGACCCAAAAUCUAGUAAACAGCCUUCAAGGGAGAGUCUCAGUGUAAGAAAGAGAUAGGGAUGUUCCCCAGAAAUUUUGAGUUUUAGAAAACUCAAAGUAGGUCAAUUGUCCCAGUUCUGUUCGACUCAAAAGAUAAAACUUAAGGGGUGAAAUGGCAAUUGGCUGAAAGCAGUAAAUUCUUCCAAAUGAAGUGCAACUCGAAAACUGUUUGCCAUUGUUUUUCUUUUUUUAUUGAGCUAUCAUUAAUGAUAUGAUGGCAGCUGAAUAUAUCAGUGUUUCAUCCUGAACAACAAAAGCUGUAAGUGUGAACAAACUCUGAGAUUUGAAGCCCUGAGCAAGCAAAAGAGCAUCCUUAUUUCUUUCAUAUGAGAGACCCCCCCUUGGGUUGAGGAAUUUGUAGCCAUCUUAAUGUAAAGUUAAAGCAAAGACAGGUGUUAUCUCCAAAAAUGCUCAUUGUGGUCUCAUGUGUGUGUCAAUUUCAGAUUAGCAUAGGAAUAAUUUCCUUUCACUAAUUCCCUUGCAAAUCAUUGAGAGUGUGGAUUUAUAGCAAAGAAAGAUAGUGAAUGUAAAGUGCUCCAUCAUCUGAACCUCCCAUAUUACACUAGUAAUGAAAACUCCAUACCUUUGGCUCAUACUUAGUCUAAGAUAAAUGACACAAAAAAGUUUGACACAAGACAAAUCAAUGAUGCUUUUUAAAAAACACUUUUUAAGAUUUAAAGUUUCUUUUAUCUGAAUGUUGAUAACUUCACUAGUUUUUUGGAGAAAAGUCUGCUCUAACACACCACAACUAAGACUAAGUGCCUCAGAAACAAAACUCUGACUGAUCAAACUUUAACAUCAAGUGAUGUCUACCGAAAAAAGUACUAGAAAUAUAUUUAAAAUCUCAACAUAAAUGCAAUCAACAAUAUAAUUUUUUUUAAAUAGUUGAAAAUGGAAAGCCCUUGUGAUGAGGCAUUGCUUGAUAAGAGCAGUGCUUUUCUCUACUCUAGAAAAACAAAUAAUAUUAGAUGGUUGUGAAAAGUGAUUAUUGCAAAGAGGAAUAACUUGUAAAUAUAGAUCUGUGACCGUUGAUAUCAUUAUCAGUAGAAAAAGUUGCUAAUCAAGAGAAAAAAUGAUGAAAAAAAAAGGA